AUGAAUACAAGUGUAGACAGCAUUGUUGGAACGCAACAGAAAAAGGGUGCAUUUUGGGGGAGAGUGAUGGAAAAAUUUGAGGCAGCUAGAGCAGCCAACCCUCAUGAAAUUCAAUCCCGCACUAUGGGCAGUAUGAAGGGCCAAUGGUUCAGAAUGUCUGAAGCGGUGCAAAAGUGGUGUGGAUGCUACGACAAGGCAAAGGCAAGAAAGAGGAAUGGCCAAAAUGAUGAUGAUGUGAUCUCUGAAACUCAUAAGAUAUUUGAAAGCACGGGAGGUAAAUUUCACUUCUAUGAUGAAUGGAUUUUGAUGAGUAAGUUCGAUAAGUACCGUUCCAUAUUGAGUGACCCUUGUUACAAGAUAAUACGUGGACGUCCAUCGAAUACGCCUCAAAUGUCUAAUUCUGUUGGUUCUGGAAGUAGUGGAAAGAGAACAAGGUCUGAAGAUGGAGGCUCUACACCAACCACCCGACAAGCGAAGAUGUUCGGGAUGGUCACUCGCUCGUCCAGAAGACUUCAACUCUAUGGUGAGCGGAAGGGAUUAGAUUUUGAUUUCAACAUGAGAAACUACAGUUUCUUAAGCAAAAGGAAGCAAGGAAGCAAAGACAAUCGAGCUGGAAGAGAUAAGCAGGCAGAGGCAGAUGGAAAUAGAGGAGAAAAACAUAAAAAUGCAACAAUAUCAGGUGAAUUGGCAAAUGCUCCAAUCAUUAAUCUCUAA